GCGUCCCAUCUGGAAAUUUUAUGUAUGGGUCCUGUUGCCAAUCGAUGGAUCGUGGUGCAUGGUGUUCGCCAUUUGAGAGGUUCAUCUUGACGCCAUGCCACCAAGAAUACAAUCCCUACAGAGGCUAAGCUCCUUCAGCUUAUGCCUCCGGCCAGCCGCGAAACCAGCGACUCCGAAUUUCCUCCCCAUCGUUCAGACAGCGAAUAUCUCUGCAAAAGAGGCGAAGAGACGACAACGUCUCGACCCUUAUCGAUGGCAGCAAGCCCAGCAGCGUAAGGCUGUUAAUGUGAAGCGGCAAGAGGAGCUCAAGGCAGAACGCGACACGAAAUGGGGCGAUCCCGUCCACGGCAUUCCCACCCCCUUCGUCGAGUCGUUUGACUCGGCCGGCCAGGCUACAUUGUCUACGCCUGAGAAGGACGCAGACGGCAAUCCCAUAACGGAACCUUAUCCCCUACCGACCUCGCCGCAUAUCCUGAACAACCUCCUGACACGCGAGGAGCUCGACAGCGCAAUCCAGCACGCCUACGUUCUGUCCAAGCCCGUGAAGAGCGAAAUCCGCGACCUCGUGGACCCGGAAGCGGAACGGCAGGCGGAGAAGGAGCACGAAGAGAAGCACAAGCGGGCUGUCGAGGCUAUGAACCGGAUCGUCUCCAUGGAUAAUGCCAACUCCAAGAUGCGACGACACGCCAACGUUAGGCGGUGCAUCGAGACCUUCGGCCGUCAUAACACGGACAAGACACUGAAGCCGAGGCCCGCUUCGAUCGACACCAACCCAUAUCCCAUGCCUGAGCGCUGUGGGCCCGAUACGGGCAGUUCCGAGGUCCAAAUCGCUAUCCUGACAGUAAAGGCCAGGAAGCUGGCGCAGGAGCUGGGCCAGAACCGAGGCUACAAGGACAAGCACAACAAGAGGAACCUCCGCGUCCUCCUGCACAAGAGGCAGCGGCUGUUGAGGUAUAUGGAGAGGAAGGAAAGGGGUAGCGAGAGGUGGACUCAUAUGCUGGAGACAUUGGGUUUGACCCCUGCGACCUGGAAGAAGCAAAUAUCGUUGUAAGAUUGGAAAGAGCCUGUUUUAACUUGUAGACUCCACAUUAUUCAAUAUGUACAAUACGCCUUCAUGCUGCUGCUGCUGCUGCUGCUGCUGCUGAGCAGACACAAUGGCCCCAUCUCACAAGUUCAUUAACAACCCGAGCUGCUAGUCCGUCUUCUUUGC